AUGCCGCUUCAUGGCCAGCCGCCGUUUCGUGGGCCGCCAUUUGGCCAGCCACCAUUCGGACACCAGUCGCAUCAUGGCGGGCUGCCGCAUAUGCCUCACCAGCAACGUCAAAUGUUCCCGAGCCGACCGCCCUACCCGGGCAUGAUGCAACAACAGGCAAAUUUCCCACAUGCAGCAAGAAACGAGGACAUACAGGCACCAACUCCUCCAGGCAAGAAGUCAAAGUCUGGGCUUGCUGCCAAUGGGCAUGCUAAGCAGAAAGAUACCCCCAAGGCCCCGAAAGCUGCCGCCGAAAAAAAGGGACGCUAUGGUGAUGAGAAGAUCAUGCUCCCUGCACCACAGCCCACGCAAGAGUAUCUAGAUCAGGCUGCUGGAGAGCCCACCACCACGGACACACCGGGUCAAAUGCUGGUUAUUCUAGAUCUCAACGGCACGGUUCUCUUCCGCCCAAACAGAAACGCCAAGACUAUGAUACAACGCCCUUUCCUGAGGCCGUUCCUGCGCUACCUCUUUGAGAACUUCAAAGUUAUGGUGUGGUCUAGUGCGAGACCGGACAAUGUCAAGGCCCUCGUCAAUCAAGCUUUGGACAACGACCUCCGUUCGAAACUUGUAGCGCAAUGGGCCCGUGAUAGCUUCGGACUCUCGCCGACUAACUACCAGCAAAACGUACAAGUUUACAAAAACUUAAAACUGGUAUGGAGCAGGAGUCAAAUCCAGGCAUUUCAUCCUGACUACGAAGCUGGCACUGGUAAAUUCGGCCAGCACAACACGGUACUCAUCGACGACUCUUCACUCAAAGCGAGCGCCCAGCCACACAACCUCUUGGAGAUACCAGAGUUCUCAGCUACGCCCGAGCAAAUGGAAGGCGAUGUGCUGCGUGAGGUAGCAGGCUACCUAGAGGCAUUGAGAACGCAAGCCGAUGUCUCAAGAUUUAUCAGAAAAGAGCCAUUUGCUGCAGACGGACGUUACACAUUCGACUGGCCUGAUGCUGACGCUGGAGGCGGCGAGUUGAUCAACAAGGUUUCUUCUAGUAAUGGCGGCGCAGCUACUACGAGUAAGAAGAAGAACAAGAAGGCAAAGGCCAAAGAGGCGGCCGCUGCAGCAAGUAAAACUAACAAUCCUUUGAACCUGACAACUGAUACCCUGGCGAGCGUGUCACUUGAUAAUCCUGCGCUCCAACAACAACAGCAGCAACAACACAUGCAGCAACAGUAG